AUGAUUUACUGCAUCAUCAAAGGUAUUCAAGAUUUGACCUUUGGGGCAACCCGGAAGACGUCCACAGACUCGACUGCAGCAGUCAAAGGAGGAGACUCGACUAAUGUUGGAAUCACCACCAAUUCCAGCUCAUUCCUUGAUCUCCCUCAUGACAUCCGCCGCAUGGUGUAUGACAUUCUCCCUGAACCAACCUUCCACAAUCUGUCAUUCCCCGGCGGCUACAUGGCCUGCAGUGACUACACCCAAGUCUCCAACCUCCGGCAAACGAGCCAGUAUCUCAACCAGGAAGCCGGAGUAUACCUCGACAUCCAGCGCGCCAUAUUACUAUCCCGCAGCGACCUUGUCAUCGCCGUGAAGCCAACCCCAGGCAUUACUUCUACUGGGAGCAUUCCAGCCCAUCUAGACAACAAUGAUCUCACACUUAACCUGCUUAAUAGGCUCCUUACUGUCCUAUCAGAAGCACAAAAUCCCAACAUCACAGACUACACCACUGCCACCACCGCCCUCGACCGACUCACCUUUUCUUACCUAGAGGAACUCCUGUUGUUGUUGGUCUACUAUUUGAACAAGAACAACGGCCUUAGCCUAGGACUCGCCGAACUUACCGAAGACUUAAAAGCCGCGCUCAGCAAUAUGUUGCUUCAGCUCCGUCAAAACGCAAAAGUCCAGAUCCGAUGGUACGUAGACCGGGAUGACCUAGAUACACGUUUCCAUACCUGGGCUAAUACACAGUUUCUUCCAAGACAUGCGAGGGAUCAUUGCAAGAAUCUGGAUUAUCAGAUGGUUGUCAUGGUAAAGGAUGAGGCUACUGUAACAGGCUGA